AUGAAAGAAAUUGAAGAAGACACAAUUGAACUUGAAGAGCUACGUGAAGCUGCUAGAAUUGGUUGCAUUUAUCACAGCAAUAAUUUAAAAUUUAGAAGAAAUAAAAAUUUAUCCGAGGUCAUGCAUGUUGUAUUACACCUGUGUCAAUUUAUAUCUGUAUUGACUAUUGAAUCAUUUCAUCAUAUUCAUCAUGCAAUUAAUCGUCAACUUAGAGAAAAAAAUUUAGCUGUUCCAAAUUUACCUGAAGAAAGAAAUCCAGUAUUUUUGGGAUAUUUAUUAUGCAGUAUUGAGACUUUUUUAUUAUCAAUGCUAUGGAUUUUUUAUAAAAAAAUUGAUAAAAAAAUUGAAAUUUCAAUUGGUGGUUGUGUUGUUGGAAUAACAGCAAUGUUUCUCAGUGCAAUAUUUACAAUGCGACAUGCUGAAAUAUAUAUAAAUAUUGAAGAAAUAUCAGAUGCAGAAUUAUUGAGACAUCCAAUAUUUAUACACAAUUUUGUUUUAUGUGUCUUAUCAAUAUUUACACUUGGAUUAUUUCUUUUACAUUUUUGGAUUCUCUAUGAUUGUUUUAAAUGGAAACAACGAAUGCUGGAGCCGGGGAAUAAUUUACCACAAAAUGAAUCAUCAUCAAGUGUAUCAAAUUCUGAGAACAGUGAUGAAUCACAUGGCGAAAGAUUACAGCCAAUUCCAAACUGGAACAGUCCAAAAGAUGAUUCACUUGAUGUCAAAAUAAAUAUUGAAGAUGAGCCGGUAAUACUCUACUGCUGUUGUUUGGAUUGUUGGAAUUAUUUUAAAUCAGGAAAAAAUGAAAAUAAAGCGACAAAUGAAUUUCAAGUUAUUCAUGUUAUGUAA